UGGUCAUCAAUACUUAACCCAAUCAGCCACAAACCUUCACAGAAAAACAACAAAACAAGAGGAAGAAGACUAUGGAGAUUCCGCCGUCAACAUCCCCGGCGACUCCGCUCCGCCGUAGAAACUCCAUAUCAACGACAACGGCUGUGAUAACCUCCGAUAUUCCUUUCGCGAUCGAUUCGUCGUCUCCUUCGUCGUUCGAUUUUGAGCUCAUCUCCCUUAAACCAUCCUCCUUCGUAGCCUACACAUCCCUCAGAGAUAUCCUCUCAUCUCCGAGCAACUCCUCCGUUAACUUACCGCCGAUUAACGGUAGCAGCUCUCCCGUCGUAUCCACCGUCGGAGAUAUCUCAAUUCGCAACCCUCUCGUUAAGCAAGCCGCUUGGUCUUAUCUACAGCCAACGGCGCUUACUUCAUCGGAGAACUCGCCUGGCUCUCAGUUCCUCCGCCGCAUAUGGCUCCACUUCUCCGCCGGAAUCCAGUUCCUGAGACGUAUGUUUGGCUGGAUUUUCCAAUCUAUUCCCCUGAUUGUGAAAUAACUCCAACAAAAGCUUGGUUUGGGGUCAAUUAUCAAUUUUUAUCAGCGAGAAAUUGCAUAAAUACUUUGGGUUUCAGGAAUUGAACACAACUGUUUGUAUACAAUAAAGUGUUACGAGCAUCAAAAGAUAUUCAAGGAAAGAUUUUUGGUUUCUGAAUUCUU